UCUUCGAGGAGCGAAAAUAGUUUGAGCCACGUUAAAACGCGUAAACUUCACUGCUGAGUCGGUAUUACUCGGCGAUAACGUAAAGUUGUACCGUUUUACAGGAGUGAAUGUAACAGGUUCGUGAAUGCAGGAAGUAAAUCAGCAAAAGUGGAAUACGGAGCUGCAUCAUCUCUAGUGAAUCUGCAUCAGGGCAGCGCAGCGGUCAAGAGCAUCGUUCAUACCCACUUUCCCUAGAGUGAUUGCACGAUGGGGGUUAUUAUAUCCAGAUUUCGGAAAGAGAAAACCACUUUCCAGAAAUUGGAAGAAUUGGAGGAAAAAAUCAAAAAUUUCGAAGCGUACACAAUCAGCACUCAGGAGCGGCGGAAACGUUUUGUGGGCCGAUUUUUAGUAACCUCGAUCGUGCUGUACGUGUUGGGGUCGUUGAUAUUUUAUUUCGUCUUCUUCCCUCCAACGUGGAAUGAACGGAUCGUCCAUUCUGUGCCCUUACUUAUUUGCCCUAUACUCAUUUUCUUGCUAAAACGGGUUCUAGCAUGGCAUUACGAACGAAAGUUACGGUUAAAUGCAAACAAGCUGAAAGAUCUUCGUGCGGACAAAAAGAAGAUCCUAGAAAAUGUGAUGGAAAAAGAAACGUACAAGGUGGCGGUAGAAAUAUUAGACAAGUUCGGUGAGAAAUCGCACCGCAUGCAAACGCAGGCAUUUAACGCAUCUUUGACGCCUUUGCGUGCCCCCAAACCAAUGCCCGUUGGUCAACAACCGGUACCUCGAAUGCAGUCCCCGAACGUCUCGCAGAGACAGAUAUCCCCUCCAUCGAUGACAGUACGCUCUGCUACACCGAUGACACCGCAAAUGCGACCAGGCGGUCCAAUUCACACGCCGCAAACAGCUCCCAGUUUGAUGGUCCGCGCACCACCGCAUCUACAGCAAAGUCCGAUGUACGGUGCGCGUAAUAACGCGAUCUACCGAAGGACACCGUUCCCCAUCAUCAACCAAAACGAGAAGGGAGUUCUGGAGAAGAUGGUCGAUUAUUUAGUGGGUGAUGGACCAACCAAUCGAUUUGCCAUGAUUUGUUCCGAAUGUUGUAUGCACAAUGGAAUGGUUCUGAAGGAAGAAUACGAGUACACUGCUUUCCGGUGUGCUUUCUGUAAUGCAUUAAAUCCGGCAAAGAAGCAACGCCCCGUUGCUCCCCGGCUUCCAUACGAACAGAAACAGCUUGACAGGCUUUCACAAAAGCCCGACACAAGCUCUGGUUCAGAAGCGGAAGACGGCGAAGAACUCUCCUCCGGUUCGUCUCAAUCGGGCGAACCUCGAAGCCCGGGUGUAGGAGAGGAAGAACCAUUUGAACCUGUGCAGGAAGUAAAGGAAGAAGAUGUGCGUAACAUGGCAAACAGUGAAACGGAAAACGCUUCAUCCGAUGUGGUCACUAGUACCGCUGCCGAACCAGAAUCGACAGUAAACGAAGGCGAACCGGCAGCAGACAACUCCGACAGUACCGAAGUGCCAAGUAGACCGGAAACGGUGGGGUCGAAAAAAGUGGACUGAACUCGGGUUUUUUUUUUACUCCGACCCAAUUGUUGGUUUGUCUUGUUUCCCUAUACUGAUCCUAAAUGUUUCAACCUCCAUUUGAAAUUUUACCCAACUCUUCUUCAUUUUACGGUCUAUUACUAAUAACGCACCACAACACCUCGAGUACUGAUCCUUACCAGGUCUGACAAUGAUUGUGUGCACAGUCUGCGAAACGGGAGCGAUCUCGAGUGAUUGUACUCAAUUAGAUUUCACGUUUUGCAGCAAAAGCUUUUCAUCAAAUCACCGGUUUUGAGGAGCGUGUAAAUAUCUUGCAUUUAGAAGAAUUGAGCACCAAGCAGCACGGAAUAGUUUCACUAGUCAAACCCAUUGAACAGGACGAUCCUUCGCAGAAUAUUGCUAGAAAUUGCUCAUGGCGGCGCUCGGUGAUCAUGAAAGAGUGAAUGCAGUUUUCUGUAACCAUUUAAGUGAAACUCUUUGCCAACGCUAUAGAACGUGCCUAACUUAGAAAGUGGAGUUGAAGUAGCGUAGUAACGUAAUGACAUUAAUCAAUAUUUACAUCAUUUUCCUUUUUUUUUUUGUGCAUUUUGUUGUUUUCUACCAGCGUGUACAAAAAUGUGUUGGCGCACGUGUGGGAUCUAUUAGUAAAAAUGCUAGCAAAAAUAAUAGGAAAAAAGGAAAAGACUCGUUUGUUGAUCUUGUACGCUCUUGUUGUAAUUAUAGUACUUAUGUAAGGCCUUGCAAUAAAAAAAAAUCAUUGAAUU